AUGGGAACCCUUUUAUGUGGCACCAACCCUGAUUUCCAAAUGCAACAGCAUAUCCACAAAAAGAAAAGUGAUGACACCUACAUCAUGAAUCUGAGGAGAACAUGGAAGAGGCUGAUGCUGGCAGCUCAUGCCUAUUUUGCCAUUGAAAACCCAGCUGAUGUCAGUGUCUUAACAUCCAGGAAUACUGGUAAAGAUGUUUCAUCUACUUCUAAUCAGGAAAAUGAGAAUGGUUCUGAGGAACUGUGCUACUCCAUCAUUAGUCACAGAUCUUGUCGGAGGCCCUCCCUGAGCGCCAAUGAUGAUGGUUAUGAGAAUAUUGACUCUACCACAAAAAGAGUGAAACCAUUUAGAAAUGGGUCAGAAACAGAAUAUGCCCUUGUUAAGAUGACUUGUGUUAUUAGGCCUUCUUCCUGUACCCUCGAACAUGAUUAUGAACUUGUGCUUCCCCACUAG